AACUAAAUAUAUAUAUGUAUAUUAAUAGGCAGAUUUAACUGGAGAACAACAACAAAAGCUGAGGCAACACUUAACCAGAUAAUUGUAAUUUCGACAAGUCAACGAAACAGUUAAACGUCCCCACGGCAGACUCACCAUGGCGCUGAAUAUGAAGGCUCUGCUUGCCAUGCUCCUUGUCUUUGUCGGCUGCUGCAGCAACGUCGUCUUUCUGGAGCUGAUCAUCAAAAUAGAUCCCGGCGCGGGCAAUCUGAUCACAUUCCUGCAGUUCCUCUUCAUUGCGCUGGAGGGUCUCAUCUUUACCUCCAAGUUCUUCACGGUGCGUCCCAAGAUCGCGCUCAAGGAUUACGUCAAGCUGGUGGUGCUCUUCUUUGGCGCGAAUGUGUGCAACAAUUAUGCGUUCAACUUCAACAUACCCAUGCCCCUGCACAUGAUCUUCCGCAGCGGCUCGCUGAUGGCCAACAUGAUCAUGGGCAUCAUAUUGCUCAAGAAGCGCUACAAUCUGAGGCAAUACAGCUCCGUGGCCAUGAUCACAGUGGGCAUCAUACUGUGCACUCUGGUCUCCAGUGGCGAUGUCAAGGAUAAUACGCAUCAUUCGCUCAAGGUGGAGACCUCCUACUCGGACUUUUUCUGGUGGAGCGUGGGCAUUGCUCUGCUCACCAUCGCCCUGCUGGUCACCUCCUAUAUGGGAAUCUACCAGGAGAUCAUCUACAAGCACUAUGGCAAGCAUCCCAAUGAGGCGCUCUUCUUUACGCACAUGCUGCCCCUGCCCGGAUUCCUAAUCAUGGCCAGCAACAUAGCCCAACACAUGAACAUUGCUGUCGCCUCCGAGACGAUCACAGUGCCCGUGCCUGGCCUCGGCUGGUCCCUGGACUUUCCGCUGAUGCUCUUCUAUCUGCUGUGCAAUGUGGUCACCCAGUACAUCUGCAUCAGCUCGGUUUAUGUGCUGACCACGGAGUGCGCCUCGCUCACUGUCACUUUGGUGGUCACGCUGCGCAAGUUCGUCUCGCUGCUCUUCUCCAUCAUCUACUUCCGGAAUCCGUUUACCCUCAGCCACUGGCUGGGCACCAUUCUGGUCUUCUUUGGCACCGUGCUCUUUGCCAAUGUGAUUAACCAGCUGAAGGAUGCCUAUGCGGCGCGAGCACAACGCCAGUUGGAUAGCUCCAAAAAGGACAAGCUGAAGACGGGCUAAACGCCCAUCCCCAAGCGCACGCCCCCACAACCCGCACCCACCCCGUUUCCCGUCAGCCUGCUGAAGGCCAUUCAUGUAUGCCAUGCGCUGUCCCGCUCACAUUCGUGUUGGCCACGUUCUGUUUCUGUUUCUGCUUCGAUUUCUAUUGUAGUCAUAUAUGUAUGUUGUAAAUAGCGUUAGUUAAGCUAAUACCGACUAUAUUAUACCCUGUAAGCCAUGCCCUUGACGCUAUACGUACUCUGUACCCCCUAACUUGUAGCCUGUUUCCCUUUUAUGUAACGUUUGUUUUUUUAUUCUUUGAUGAUAAAGUAGUUUUAGGCAACACUUUUUUUUUUAAAUAAAAGAGAAACCAGAAAAGAAAAUACUCCUUCAACCUGCCCCCUUUUCUCUUAUUUCACUCGCUUUCCCCUCUUACCUUCUCUUCAUAUAAUUCUCAUUUUCUCACCCUCUAUACCAUCCCCUCUCUAUUAUGUUCUCUGUCUAUAAUACAAUUUUCUUCAAAGUCCUGCUCGAUCU